CAGCCUGCACAGCUGCCCUCGCCCCGCUGCCUUCACGCCGAGAUGAGCAGCGCGCAGCGGCCGCCCCGCUGCUGGCUGCCGGCGCUGCUGCUGCCGGCGCUGCUGGGCGGGGUGGCCCCGCAGCCCAUGCGCUGCUCCCCCUGCACCCCGGAGAAGCUGUCGCUCUGCCCGCCCGUGCCGCCCGCCUGCCCGGAGACCGCUCGCCAGCCCGGCUGCGGCUGCUGCCAGACCUGCGCCCUCGGCCCGGGCCAGCCCUGCGGGGUGUACACGGCCCGCUGCCGCCAAGGGCUGCGCUGCCACGUCCCGCCGGGGGAGCAGCGGCCGCUCUCCGCUCUCAUCCAGGGCCAAGGGACCUGCCUGCCGGCCAGCGAGCCCGCAGGAACGCGAGCGGCCGAACCGGCAGACUCUGUUGAACCUGAAGACAUGUCUUUGGAAAGCACUGAACUGACACAGGAUCAGCUACUGAACUAUCAGCUGAUGUUUCCCAUAGGCCAGGACAAAUCCAUCCCUUGGAAUGCCAUCACUGCCUAUGAAAAUAUGAAAGCCAAGAGAGUCUCCGAGCUCAAGAAGUGGAAAGAGCAGGGACCUUGUCAGAAGGAACUCUACAGAGCCCUGUACAAACUGGCGAAGGCUCAGCAGCGAAGCGGAGGGGAGAUCUACAAAUUCUACUUGCCCAACUGCAACCAGAAUGGCUUUUACCACAGCAAACAGUGUGAAACCUCACUGGAUGGAGAGUCUGCUGGCUGCUGGUGUGUCUAUCCCAAAAACGGCAGAAGAAUCCCUGGAUCUCCAGAAAUGAAAGGAGACCCUGAAUGCCAGCAGUAUCUCGACUCACAAGAAUAAAACUCAACACCUUCAUCCCCACCAGGUUUCCCCUGGGGCCUGACAAUUCAGGAAGGUAGCUUUUGUGUGCCUGAUUUUCAGCCUGUGAGCAACCUCCCAAAGUAGCUUUUUGUACUGUGCUUGGAUUACUCAGAGGCUGGAGUGACAGAUACCAGCACCUGCAAGACCAAGUCCUACACAACCCUGCCUGUACCUUGUUUGUAUAAUAGUAGAGAUACUCUCCUGUGUAAAGCUGUUGAAUUAUUUAUUUCACACUCUCUGUAUUUUGGUGUUUUUUUUGGUGUCCAUGUGUGUUGUUACUAAUUUAUAACCUCAAACACUUCAUAACUUUAUGUGUAAAUACUUAAUGUUAUUGCUCUUCAAUGUAUGGAUCCUACGUUGGAGGAAAUGUUGCUACUUAGAACUCCUAAUGGCAUAACCCUUUUGGGCUGAAAACAACAAAAAAAGGGCUUGUAAACUUGCUUAUAUUUUUUUUUUUUUGUACUGGGUAUUUAUAGACAAAAAACUGAAUAAAAAAAAGCCUUCAG